GUGACGUCCGCUCCUGUUCGUCCUUUCCAGAAAAAAUGGCAGCUGUUGACAUCGACGUACCGGUGGAAACAGAGCCACAAAUCUGUAACCAGGAUGACCUGGAACGUCAAGCUGAAGGAUUCAAAGAGCAAGGAAAUGCACUCUACAGCAAGAAAGAUUACUCUGAGGCUUUCAACUACUAUACCAAGGCCAUCGACACUUGCCCCAAAAAUGCAAGUUAUUACGGCAAUAGAGCAGCCACCCUCAUGAUGCUGUGCCGCUUUCGAGAGGCCCUUGAAGAUUCCCAGCAGGCUGUGCGGCUGGAUGACUGUUUCAUGAAGGGUCAUCUACGGGAGGGUAAGUGCCACCUGUCGUUAGGAAAUGCCAUGGCAGCCAGUCGCUGCUUUCAGAAGGUUCUGGAGCUGGAGCCCAGCAACAGAGAGGCCCAGCAGGAGAAUAAGAACGCAGCGACUCUACUGGAGUACGAGCGAAUGGCAGAUUUUGGCUUUGAAAAGCGGGAUUUCAGAAAGGUGGUGUACUGUAUGGACCGGGCCUUGGCUUUGGCUUCUGCCUGCCACCGUUUCAAAAUCCUCAAGGCUGAGUGUCUGGCUCUGCUGGGACGCUACCCAGAAGCUCAGUCUGUAGCAAGUGAUAUCCUGCGAAUGGAUUCCACGAACGCAGAUGCACUGUAUGUUCGAGGUCUGUGUCUUUACUAUGAGGACUGCAUCGAUAAAGCUGUACAGUUCUUUGUUCAAGCUCUGCGCAUGGCACCAGACCACGAAAAGGCCCGGCUAGCCUGCAGGAAUGCCAAAGCUUUAAAAGCCAAGAAGGAGGAAGGCAACCAGGCAUUCAAGAACAGCCACUAUGAAGCUGCCUACCAGCUGUAUAGUGAGGCCCUGAUGAUAGACCCCAACAAUAUCAAGACCAACGCUAAACUCUACUGCAACAGAGCCACAGCAGGAGCAAAGCUGAAGAAACUCGAUCAAGCCAUUGAAGACUGCACCAGUGCAAUCAAACUCGACGACACUUACAUCAAGGCCUACUUAAGAAGAGCUCAGUGUUACAUGGACACAGAGCAGUACGAAGAGGCUGUACGGGACUAUGAGAAAGUUUACCAGACAGAAAAAACAUCAGAUCAUAAGCAUCUGCUGAAGACGGCACAGCUGCAGCUGAAGAAGAGCAAGAGGAAAGAUUACUACAAGGUGCUCGGGGUCGGCAAGAAUGCCACAGAGGACGAAAUCAAAAAAGCCUAUCGCAAACGAGCCCUCAUGCACCACCCAGAUCGCCACAGUGCAGCAACUCCAGAGGUGCAGAAGGAGGAGGAAAAGAAAUUCAAGGAGGUGGGCGAGGCCUUCACCGUGCUCUCCGACCCAAAGAAAAAGGUGCGCUAUGACAACGGGCACGACCUGGAUGAUGACGGCUGCUUUGAUGGUGGAGAUUUUGAUGCAAACAACAUCUUCAGGGCUUUCUUUGGUGGCCAUGGUGGAGGAUUUAGUUUCGAUUCCAGUCCAGACUCUGGACCUGGAAAUUUCUUUUUCCAAUUUGGCUAAAGCUGAGGAGCAUGUAGGACAAAGCAGCUCUGCAGAGGACAAAAUUAAGUCGGACCCACAGUCACCUCGUGAUGCUCAUACUUCUGAGUGUCUCGCUAAAUCUCCCAACUGUUCUUUUUCAAGAAAUUUCCAAUUAUUGCAUUCACUCCUAAAUUUCUUCCUUACAUUGAUGCUAACGAACAUUGGGAAGAAUAAUUCAGAGGCUUUAGUUAUGAAUUAACAAUGAAGAUAAAGAAAGAUUUUUUUUUUUUUUUAAAAAGAGGUUUGGAUCAGCUGAUCCAGAGCAUGUCACUAUUGCCAAAAUUAAAACAAUGUAAUCUAAUCUUAUAAAACUGCCUCGACCUUGCUAAAGAUGAUCAGUAGAAAGGACUGAUUUGGAAAUAUAAGCAUCAUGGUUGAUUAUUUUUUAGAAGACAUAACGUGGUAUAUGUUUUUAAGGUUCUCCCGGGACAGCAGGUCUCUAUUGAGCAAGAGUCAAUGUACUGUAAAAGUUCAAAACUGACCUCAGGACAGCCUGUUAAGGACAACACUGGUCUCAUGCGAGUGUGUGUCCAGGUUUUAUUGGCUCAUUUGCCAAAUAUAGAAUCGACUUGCUGGGUUUUUGUUUCUCCUCUUCUUCAUGCUACAUUGUAUAUUUGACUCGAAUGUAAAGCGUUUUGUGUCCAUAAUUUUUUUUUUUCUUCUUCAGUCUUCCCUCGGUCUAUUUAUAUUUAUUGUACUGUGUAUUCCAAACUGUAUGCAGCAGAACGCCAUCGUCCUCAUCGUCUUCCUCAUUCGUAAAUGUUUUUCACAGCAUCGCCUUUGCUCUCAGAUUCUGCAAGUUGUGUUUUAUCUCAAACAGGCCAAAAUCAGCGCUCAUACACCUACAGAUUUACGUCUGUUCAAAGCACCAAUCAUACAUCUGUCCUACUGUCCCAUUCAAAUUCAAGUGGUGCCUUACCAGAAUGAGCAGAUCAAUAAACCUCCCCACAGUGAACCACACAUCAAAAGCUGUAGAGCAGGCCACAUCUUAUUUGCAAAUUACAACAGUUUAAACUUGUAUAGCAUGUUUCUUGUUUUUGUGCUCUCUCAGUGGAAAACCUUUUUCUUGUCUGGCCAGUAAAUUGAAUUUUGCAACUAAAUUCUUCAUCCUUUUGAACAUGAAACUCAUCAUUCACACCCAGCUGUCAUCCAGCUACACUUGUCAUGCACGUUCAGUCAGUAUGGCCCUUCCUCUACUUGUUCCACCUGUUUAAAGGGGCGCUAACAGUAGGUUGGAAGCUUCUGUUGUUAAUUGUUUUGUCACUGAUUUAUCAUUUUUUAAAACUUGUCACAGUAUUAACAAGACAUGCUUUUCUUAUUGCAUAAAUAAAGGCUCGUCUUUUACUGUAA